UCAAUGAACCUUGAUCACCCCCUUCUUUUCUCGCCCCCCAUUUAUUUCUCCCCUCCAUUCCCCUCAACAAAUCAACAUUUACCAGGAAAAAAUAUUCAUACCACCAAACUCAUAAACCUCCAUUUCUCCUCAACAAUUUCAAAUUCAAUCCUACACAAAGAAACAGAUUGUUAAACAUGGCAUUGGCUGUUACAUCUUCUCUCUCCUCCGAGCUCAAAGCUCCAAGCAUCGGAGUAUUCCAAGAUCGACAAUACCAGAACCUUACGGCUACGAUCAGUCUAACAACGCGGCGCGCUGGUUCAGCCGUGAAGCCGCUACGAGCCACCGCCGAGUCGCGGAGGAGUGACUCGGUUGUGCCACUCGCUGCCACCACUUUCGCCGCUCCCAAAACUGAGGAAGGCGUGAAAGAGGAAGUGACAUUAGUGGAAGAAGAAGAGAAUUUUGAGGAUUUGGCUAAAGAGCUUGCAAAUGCUUCUCCUCUUGAGAUUAUGGACAGGGCACUUGAAAAAUUUGGAGAUGAUAUCGCCAUUGCUUUCAGUGGUGCAGAAGAUGUUGCUUUGAUCGAGUAUGCCAAACUAACCGGCAGACCCUUCAGAGUCUUUAGCUUAGACACAGGAAGGCUAAACCCGGAAACAUACCGCUUUUUCGACGAGGUCGAAAAACACUACGGCAUCCGCAUUGAGUACAUGUUCCCUGAUUCUGUAGAAGUUCAGGGUCUAGUUAGGAACAAGGGUUUGUUCUCUUUCUACGAGGAUGGUCACCAAGAGUGCUGCCGUGUGAGGAAGGUGAGGCCACUUAGGAGGGCCUUGAAGGGUUUAAGAGCCUGGAUUACCGGGCAAAGGAAGGACCAGUCUCCUGGGACCCGAUCCGAAGUCCCGGUUGUCCAAGUGGACCCCGUUUUCGAGGGCUUGGAUGGCGGUGUUGGUAGCCUUGUGAAGUGGAACCCUGUUGCAAAUGUUGAGGGUAACAAUGUUUGGAACUUUCUUCGGACUAUGAACGUGCCUAUCAACUCGUUGCACGCGCAGGGAUACGUUUCCAUCGGGUGUGAGCCGUGCACCAGGGCUGUUUUGCCUGGACAGCACGAGAGAGAAGGGAGGUGGUGGUGGGAAGAUGCCAAGGCUAAGGAGUGUGGCCUUCACAAGGGUAAUCUUAAGGAAGAAAGUUCAGAGAAUCAGAAUGGUGGGAGUGCACAAGCGAAUGGUGAGGUUGCUGAUAUUUUCGAGUCGGAAAACUUGGUGACUUUGAGCAGGGCUGGAAUUGAGAACUUGAUGAAGUUGGAGGAUAGGAGAGACCCGUGGAUUGUCGUCCUCUAUGCACCGUGGUGCCAAUUCUGCCAGGCAAUGGAAGGUUCAUACCUAGAGCUGGCCGAUAAACUGGCCGGAAGCGGCGUCAAGGUAGGGAAAUUCAGGGCAGACGGUGAUCAGAAGGCGUUUGCCAAGAGCGAAUUGCAGUUGGGAAGCUUCCCAACCAUCCUUCUCUUCCCGAAACACUCGUCUCAGCCCAUCAAGUACCCUUCCGAAAACAGGGAUGCCGAUUCACUCUUGGCUUUCGUCCAAGCUCUCAGAUGAUGAUAACCCGACAUUAACAGUUCAUACAUUUCACAGAAGAAGGAAGGAAGUUGACUGAACCAAAGUUCAGUUUUACUGGACAUAAAUCCCACCGUCCCUUAAUGAUUCUAAGGGAGGUUCUUUUGUAGUCAAUAGGGAGCUACGUGAUGUCUUGCCUUUUGUUGUAAGUUGGAGAUGUCAUGUUUUAUAUUUAGCUUAUUUUCCUUUUUUUUUUUUUUUGAGUUUUGAUGGGAGAGGGUAUAAAUUUUUGGUGUUCAAGUGGGUGGUACUGGUGACUGGUGAGUGGUGAGGGCAUGUACAUUGUGAAGGGUUGUGUUAGGACCUCAUCUCGUGUAUCGGAAAAUCGACUAAUAAAAUCGGAGUUUUCUCGAAA